AUACUCAACUUGCAAAAGUCUUGUGAAGAAAAUGAGGAAAAACCACAGAACAUGCCAAAGGCUGGGGAAGGCGGCCCUGGGGAAGAUGCCCCACAGCAGGCAGAAGGAAAUCCCAGCAUGUGAAGACGACUGAGACAGAAGGGCGGCCACAGAGGAAGGGACCCCACCUGGCCGGGGUUCAAAGAGGACACUCCCAUUGGGCAUUUGGACCCUGAAGAAACGAUAGGAGGAGCUGAACUGGACAGGCUUGGGGAAGGGAUGGGAAGGGAGAAUGAGUGUGUGAUGACGCAUUGGAAGCAGACGUGUCACAGCUGCCCUUACCCUGCGUGCUUUGGGCCUUCAAUUCAUUUGUGUCUAUUAUGA